GUUCCUCGAAAACAUUGCGCUGCUUCCAGAUCAAUGUUUAUGUGUUGCAUGAUGACGACUAAAUGUGACAAAGUUAUUGUAGGUCCAUGAAUGUUAACACCACCAAGAUAACAGAAUGAAGGUGUUUGUCCAUGUUGGAAGGAUGAGUCUGGAGGAGGAGCGCAGAGAGCUGUUGUGGAACAAGCUCAAUGGUCUCAACCAGGAUGACUUCAAGGCGUUCAAGUUUCACAUGCACCUGCCCCAGAGCAAGGAGGAGAGGGCGGAUCUGGUAGACGUAAUCCGCGAGCUGGAGAAAAGGCACGGACAGCAGGCUGUCGAGGAGGCUACCAACAUUCUAAAGAAAAUCGGGGAAUACGAUCUGGCAGAGAAGUUACACCGAGAUUUUUCUCAGCUAAGAGCUUCUGCUCCUGGGAGCAAAACAUUCAACCUGCCGCCAAAAAGGGAGAAGUUUCGUCUUAAGCGUCAAAACAGUACCAUAUUCUCUGUGUCUGACAAGCAGAUCGCAGAUUACAAGUGGAAGUUUCAGGACAACCUGCGAUACCAGUAUGUCAAGGCCCAAGAGGGUAGAACUCAGCGCAGCCAUCAGCAGCUGAUGGAUGACGUCUACAUCGACCUCAACGUCACAUACGGGGGGCCUGCGAGUCCUAACCCGCAGCACGAGGCUCUUCACAUGGAAAUGUGCACUGCGAUGGACAAAUCUAUUGAGCCACGGAACAUUUUUAAAAGUUCAAGUGGAAAGAUGGAGCCCGUACGCACCCUGUUGACUGUCGGCAUUGCAGGGAUUGGCAAAACUUUCUUAGUGCACAAGUUCGUGAUGGACUGGGCCCAUCGAAAAACUAACGAAGAUGCGCAAUUUAUUUUCCCCUUCACCUUCCGCGAGCUAAACUUGGAGAAGGGAAAAAGGUUUUCACUUGCGGAGCUCGUCAGACACUCCAUCUACCAGACAAAGCCUUUGAGCUUGGAAAUGCUAAACAUCAUCUUUCUGCGACUGCAGUUGUCAGGAAAGCGCGACUAUGAAAGCGCCCCCAUAAAGAUUGUCUUUGUGCUGGACGGAUUGGAUGAGUGCCGCCUCAAGCUGGAGGCAUUCCUGAAGGAGAAGAAAAAGAAGACGCAAGUAGACCUGGACGUGACGAAGGCCUACACAGUAGAGGUUCUGUUGGCACAUCUCAUCAAGAAGAACCUACUUCCAUGUGCUCGGGUGUGGAUCACUACGCGCCCCGCAACCGCUCGACAGAUCCCUGAGCACCUCAUUGAUAGUACAACGGAGGUGAAAGGGUUCAAUGAUUACCAGAAGCUAGAAUAUUUCAGGAGGAAGUUCCCAAAUAAAGAACACAUUGUCUCCUACAUCCAGAAUUCUCAUACAAUUUUUGUCAUGUGCAACAUGCCCAUCUUCUGCUGGCUCACAACUACAGUUCUUCAGGAUUAUUUGGACACGGAGAAGAGAGGAGAGCUGCCUGAAACACUGACCGAGAUGUACACAGAGUUCAUGCUCUACCACCUGGAUAUAGCCAUGGAGAGAGAUGCCAAAAAGGCCAUCCAGAAUGUCCAGGCCUUAGCAAAACUGGCUUUUCACCACCUGAUGAAAAACAGUCAGAUCUUCUAUGAAAACGACCUGCAGGACAGUGGAUUUGAUGUCCUUAAAGUUGCAAAGAAUUGUGGAAUGUUCACUGAGGUUUUUAAGGAGGUACGUCCACUGUAUAAAAACCAACAGGGAAAAAUAUUUGAGUUCAUCCAUCAGAGUAUGCAGGAGUAUCUGGCUGCUUUGUAUGUGAUGAUGUCCCUCCUAAAUGACAACAGGAACGUUUUAGCGGGGUCACAGCUGUCAGUAGAAGGGAUUCUUACACCUUGCAAGCAGAUACCCGUUACGAAGGUCCAUGAGAUAGCUAUUCACAAAGCCUCCAGGAGUAAGGGACUCUUGGACUUGUUCCUCCGCUUCCUAUUGGGCCUUUCCUUGCAGUCAAACCAGAAUCUCCUGAAGCGCCUACUUAGAGUUUCCAAGGGCUCUUGGGAAAGCAACGAAAACACCAUCCAGUUAAUCAAAAAACAGAUAGAUCAGAACUAUCCAGAGGACAAUAUAAACUUGUUUUACUGCCUCAAUGAGCUGAAGGAUGGUUCCUUGCUGGAGCAGAUCCAACAGUACAUAAAGUCAGGAAGUUUGUCUACGGACGACCUGCCCCGCUCUAUGUGGUCGGCUCUGGUAUUCUUCCUACGCUCCUCUGACCAAGCUUUGAAGUGCUUUGAGCUGAAGAGGUACUCGGCAUCUCUGAUGGGACUUUACAUGUUGCUGCCAGUGGUCAAAGCUUCACAAAAAUCAUUGCUUAACAACUGCAACCUGAAAAAGAGCAGCUGUCAGCUCUUGGCCUCUGUUCUUAGCUCGCAUUCCAACCUGAGGGAAUUGGAUCUUGGCGACAACAACCUCCAUGAUGCAGGCAUUGAGCUUCUCUCGGCUGGACUAAAGACACCACAAUGCACUUUGCAGAUACUCAGGCUGUCAGGCUGCAUUAUCACCAUGGUGGGCUGCUUGUCACUGGCCAAGGCUCUCAAGUUAAACCCCUCUCACCUGCGAGUGCUGGACCUGAGCUACAAUCACCCAGGAGAGGAAGGAAGAACGGCCCUGAUGGAGACCCAAAUGGAUCCCAGUUCCUGCCUGAAGAUUGUCAACCUGGAGCAUGGCAGCAUAGAUCGAUUGAUUCCUGGCAUCAAAAAAUAUAUAUGCAGACCCACUCUGGACCCCAACACUGCCCACAGAAACCUCAGUCUCUCUGACCACUGCAGGAAGGUAACCGUGGUGAAGGAGGUGCAGCCAUAUCCCACAAACCCACAGAGGUUUGAUUCGUGGCGUCAGGUUCUGUGUAGUGCCGGGCUCGUGGGACGCUGCUACUGGGAGGUGGACUGGGAAGGGGAGGUCUACAUUGCUGUGACAUAUGCCGGACUUAGGCGGGUCGGAGAGGGUGACGACAUCUGCCUAGGAGCCACAGAUAUUUCCUGGGUGCUGCUCUGCAAUGAGGAAGGCUAUUACGCUGUGCGGCAUGAUCACAGAACUGUAUACCUGGAGCAAGACUCCUUUCCCAUAUCCAAAAAGGUUGCCGUGUUUUUGGACAUUUCCGCCGGGGAGCUGUCCUUCUACAAAGUGAAAUCCGGCGAGAGAAUCCUGCUGCACACGUACCAGCACACUUUCACGCAGUCACUCUACCCUGCCUUCGGCUUCGGCUUUGAAAAGGGUUAUUUAGGCUAUGGAAGCUCCGUGACAAUCGGUGGAGAUUCUCUUUUAGCCCGCUUCUGAUCCCCGACGAGACUGCCAGCACUAACACUUGUUACUGAUGCUGACACUAUAACUUCCAGCUAACCAAUUAACUUAACUUUUGAUUUGUUUGAUAGGUUUGAUAACAAUGUACAGUACUGUGUGUGUGUGUGUGCGCGUUAAUGUGCGUGCGUGUGCGUAUGCGCGGGUGUGUUAAUGGUGAGGCUCAGUAACUUUGUAGCAGAGACACAGUGACGUAGUAACAAGGUGCAGCGUUCUGCAAUGACCACACGAGGACGCUUUCGUCUCACGCACAAGCAAGACUAAGACUUUAGAGCAGGUAUGUCAAAUUAUGGAAGUGGAAUUGUCUCACAUCAACUUAUAUAUAUCAAUAUGAUAUCAAUACAUAUGCAUAUAUUAUUACAUAUACAAAUACAAAUAUGAUCUACAAAUAAAUAAAUAAAUAAUUUAUAUAAAUAAACGCGUAUUUGUAAAUAUAUUUUUGAGAUUUGAAAAUAUAUACAA